AUGCUGAACAACGUCGUACCGCGCCUCGAGGAGGGCUUUCUCCACGUGCUGCUCGCCGAGAGCCACCCCGUGCCGCCCGAUCGGGUCAACGAGGCCGCCAAGCGCGUAUCCAAGCCCCCGCGCUCCUCCGCGCCCCUCUCCCCCUCCGCCGCCGCCACCCCCGUCGCCUCCUCCCCCUCCUCCUCCCCCUCGUCCGCGUCCCUCGCGGUCUCCGCGCUGGACCGCGCGCCCUCCUUCCUCCCCGAGCCCGCCGUGUGGCGCCUGCACGCCAUUGCGCGCGUGGCUGCGCGCGCGGGGCUCUCCCCCUCUCUCAGGCGGAACUACCGCACCGUGCGCAAGGCGGUGUUAGAGGAAUCUCUGAAGCAGUUGGCAGCAGGGAGGUUCGACCCGCGGCUGGUACCAACACUGGAGUGGGAUGAGCUGGCAGCGCGCGUGGACCUGUGGAAGGCGUAUGCGCGGAGGGGCGUGCGCGUGCUGCUCGCCGCUGAGAGGAAGCUCUGUGAACGAGUCUUCGACACGGUGGAGGACAGCGAGCAGUGCUUUGCCGAGACAGCCAAGGGCAGCAUGGGGCGGCUGUUUGACUUUGUGGAGGCCUUUGCAGCGGGGCACAAGGCGCCUGAGCGCCUCUUCGCCAUGCUUGACAUCUACGAGACGCUGCAGGAGCUGCAGCCGGAUUUCAACGCGGUUGUGUGCGGCAACGGUGCGUGUCGCAGUGUGCGCAACGAGCUGUCAGUGGUGCUGAGCUACGUGGGCGUGGCGGUGAGAGGAAUUCUCGCUGACUUCGAGCGCAACAUAGAGCAGGAGGACAGCCGGCCGCCUCCCGCCGGCUCCGUGCACGGACUCACCAGCUACGUUGUCAACUACCUGGGCCUGCUCUUUGAAUACAGUGACACUAUUAACAAGCUGUAUAGUAGCAGUGGGAACGCUGUGGUGGUGCCGGUGCCGAAGCUGCUGCGGCUGAGGUCGGACGAGGAGGAGGAGGAGGAGUUUGAGGAGGAGGAGGUGCAGGGGGAGGAGGAGGGGGAGGAGGGCGGAGUGGUGGGGGAGGAUGGGAAGCGGUACUGGGGGGAGCCGCAGGAAGAGUAUCGCGAGGUGGGGCGGAAGAUUCGGGGCAUUCUGAAGGUCCUGGAGGCGAAGCUUCUGGGAAAGGCGCUGACGUAUCGGGAUGCAGGGCUGGCGCACUUUUUCAUGAUGAACAACGUGCAGUACAUAGCGCGCAAGGUGAAGGGGUGUGAGCUGCGCAUGCUGGUGGGGGACGACUGGAUCAGGGACCGGGCGGACACGGCGCAGCAGCAGGCAAACGAGUACCUCAAGGUGGCGUGGAACCGCGUGGUGGCACCGCUCAGAGAGGUUCCCACCACCUCCUUCCUCAACCCCAAGGGCUCCCUCAAGGAGAUAUUCAAGCAAUUCUCGGCAUUGUUUGAAGAGGCGUGCAGGGUUCAGCGAACUUGGAUGGUCAACCCUGGCCCUCUGCAACAGGAGCUACACCAGGCAGUGCGGUACAGGGUGCUAUCACUUCUGCAAAAGGCCACUCACACCCAUGAACCAGAUUCACACGAGCUGCAUAAUGGCUCAUAG